UCAGUGAACCUCUCCAGCUGUUCGCUAUUCAUUGGUCGUGUCUUAAUAUUGGACGCCUUUGUGUUGGGUUAGGGUGCAGUGUGCCCUCCUUCCCCUGUGUGGUGGUGGGCACAACCUCCCAUCCCUGGCCCUUACUGGCCAGGAUAGUACCACUCUCUGACAUGCCAUUAUGAUGUAAUCAGUUAAAAGAAAUUAUGAUUCUAAGCUAAUCCUUUUUGGGUCUUAUACCAAUGUAAAUGUUCAUAAUUCCUUUACUUUUGUAAGACGUGCCAGUCUCCGCAGGGCAGUUUCAGGUAGACAUUCCUAAUGAGUGUUGACACUAGAAGUGUAUUACCAACACAUUACUCGGUAAAUAUUUAGAAGGGGUGUUUUGUUUGCCAAAUAUGGUUGUUUGUCUCCAUAGACUUUGGGGAAUGCAAAAUUAGGUAAGUUUUGGAAUCUGACCAACUAAACCAAAACGAGCUUAAUUUAUGUUAACGUAACCUAAAACUAAAUUAACCUAAGCUAAUCCAGCCUAACUUAAUCUAAUCUAACAUCUAAUCAAUAGCUGAUUUUUGGAAAGCAUCAAUAUGUGUCAGUAAUAGGUAAGCGUGUGAAAAAAAAACUUAAUAGACGUGAAGUACAGUGAGUGUAUUGCCACAACAUGCACUUCUGACAAGGACUGAUGAUAUGCAGAAUGUGAUGGAACUUUAAGAUGAGCCUGCAAAAGGAAGUUGGCAAUGCAGUAAACAUCAUCUCUACUAUACUAAACCAAGGAUAGCUGUGAAACUGUCACAAGAAAACUAAUUCAAGGAAAGUGAAAUAAUUAUAAUAAAGUGAAAUACAAAGUGAGACUGAUUAUACAGAACAAGAGUAGUUUCUUUCAAUGCUUUACAUUUGAAUGAAAUGAACUCUCUAAUCACAUUGUGCUCACAAACAGGAAGACUGAGAGUGUGAAAAGUAGAAUAUAUCCUUCAUUCCAGUGCUCUGAAGUGACUUGUCAUUUGUUUGAGUGUGUUGUCUGAACAGCAGAUGGGUGUAAGUGAGAGUGAAGUGAAAGAGUAUGCAAACAGAGAUAAUGGUGAGCUGUACACCAAAGGAAAUAUACCAAGGAAUAUUAAUGUAACAUGAAAAGUGAUGUAGGUUGUCAAGGAUAAUUGUAGAGUCUGUGCCUUAUAUUGUGAAGCACUAUUGAACAAGUGAGAUUAAUGUGAACAAUAGUGCUACCAAAAUUCAAAGCAAGAUGGAUGGCUUGCAGACUCAGGAUGUAAGAGAUGAACCUAUGAGCAGGAAAGUUGGAGCAAGUGAUGAAACUGAAAAUGGUGAAAUGGAGGAGACUGCUGGGGGUGAAGAGACUGUCAAUGGAGCAUCAAAGAGUCUGGAGCAGAUGAAACAUUAUAACAUGAAUAAAGCUGUCUUUAGCCAACUGAAGGCUCUCACCUCUGAGGCAGGUGGCAACUCACCCAAGAAGUCAAGCAUUCCAUCAAGGGCUGAGACAAGAAGGCUGUCAGAUGACUCUGACACACGCUCACAAAUUGCACAAUGGUGGCAGUCAAGGCGACAGGGUUCCCCUAGGAAAUAUCACCAAGGCCUUAAACAAACAGGGGUGCUCAUGAACUCCCCAAAGUCAUACCCCAUAGUAGCCUCCCCAAAGAAGAGCACCCCUCCAUCUCAUACGUCCCCUUCUCAGACUAGCCCCAUCCCCACCCAUGAGAAAGACAGUGCCAGAAAAGCUCUGUUUAGAAACUAUCCUGGAACUUAUCUUGAGAGUCUCAUGAUUGUAGUGAAAACUGUGCUGUCACAGCCACAGGAUGUUGCUCUGCUAGGUGAGGCAGACAUGGGGGUGAUCACUACCUUCCAGACACUCUCACUUCCUGCACAGAAACUGUAUGUUCGACUCCUGCAGAGGAAGUUAGAUCUGAAAAGGAUGUCAAAGGUUGUAUAUGAUGAUGUGUGUGCACCUGAGGAGAUGGGUAGCGUUGUAGAGGAAUUGGUGAAUGCUGGAUUCUUUCUCAAAGAGGAAGACUUGGGGGACUUGCUGGAGUUUCUGGAAGUUCUCACUGUUGCAGAAGUUCAGACGUUAUGCAAGGAUAUGAAGGUGUCAGCCAAAGGCAAGAAAGAGGACCUGAUGAAAGCCUUGGUCAAGUUUUCCAAGCAACAGCCAUCUAUUCAGGGAUUCUUUACUUCAUCAAAAACUGCCCCUCAAUCCUCAUCUUCCACGCUGCUCAAAAAAGUAAGGGAAAUGGUGGGACCAUGCCUGAAACUGGAUCCUGAGGUGCACCGAGUGUUCCUUCGUGUGCUGAUGCUGUAUGGGCUGCCUUCACAUGAUGACAUGGAGGAGGGAGGACCCCAGGCUGCCCUCACUGCCAUGUUGCUCAUCAACCUGGGCAAGAUGAAGUUUCCUGCAUAUACUGUCAACAGGACAAGGUCAAUAUUCCGCACCCGGGAUGACUUGCUCAAGUUUGAAAAUUGUUGCCACAUCAAUACAGAACUACAAAAGUGUGUGGAGGACAAGAAAUGGGAGGCAGCUCUGCAACACUGCAAGGUGGCCAAAGACAUCUACCAAGAGCUUAUCAAAGAUGAUGAUCUGCUGCAGCACGACCGGUCCCUGCCCAGAUUCUUGCGUCGCUUCACCACUCUUUCCUUGCUGGUAUACAUCCUUAGUUCAUCGGUUGAAUUCCUGCAGAAGAUGCGGCGGUACGAGGCAGCAGUGGACCAGCUGGCAGAGUUGCUGAGCCAAGACACUUAUCUUCAGGACCACCGGGGUUUGUGGUACAACCGUCUCUCCCUCAACCUGCACUCACACCUCAGGAAGCCAGCUAAGGCACUGGAGGUAAUUGAGCGAGGCUUAUCAGACCCAGAACUCCAGGUGGCUCAUCGCCUCACCCUCAGCUUAAGGGCACGACGUCUUGCUCGCAAUGAAACUCUAGCCAAGCAGGUAGCAAGCUUGCAACUAGAGCCACCAGUGCAGCUUCCCAAGGUGGUGAUACAAGGACGCAGCCUCCACGGGGACGUGCCAGGGUAUAAGAGAGCCUUCAUUCGGCAAGAUUCAGACCGCCAUGCUGGGGAGGGCACCGUCACCUUGUGCUCAGUAGAAGAGCUGGUCAUUGGACAUUAUCGGGAGAUGGACUACCCAGAAGGCCUGCACAUGGAGGGGACCACUGUGCGCUCACUGUUUGGAAUACUCUUCUGGGAUGAGCUGUACACCUCUGUGCCGGAUGCCUUCAGGUCUCCUCACCAAGCUUCACCUCUUGAUCUGCUGGAUGGAGACUUCUACACUGCCAGGAAGGAACUCAUUGAUAAAAGAAUCCGUGAUAUGUGUGAGUGGACAGAGACAGAAGUUGAUGCUGAGAUUGAGCGAGUGUGGGAGGAACACAAGGAGGAGCAAUGCCUGGUGUCAUGGCAAAUCUUCAGCAGCCUAGCCUAUGUCCAGGGGUUGGUGAAAAGUCUUGGUCUUAAGCUUUUAGCGGCCGUGUUUCGACGUCUCGCCAGUAACUACAGACACUUUCGCAGUGGGUUUCCAGACCUUAUUGUAUGGAACCCUAACACCAAGAAGGCUCGAAUAGUUGAAGUAAAAGGGCCAAACGACACACUGUCAGUGAAGCAGGAAGUUUGGCUGAACUACCUUCUGACAAGUGGAGCUGUGGCAGAAGUGUGUCAUGUGGAGGCAAUUGGGGCCAAGAAAAUUAGAUCAUCCCCUCGCAAAGCUUUACCCAAAAAAGUAUCACCAAAGAAGACUGGAAAGAGACCAAAUAAUAGUGAUGAUGAUUUGGAUGAAGAUUAUGUCUACAAAGAACCAAAGAAAGCCAAGAAAGACCAAGAAAGUGAUGACAGUGACAGUGUGGAUGAAGAUUGCAGUCAUCCUGGACAGAGAAAGUCCACCAGAAGAAAGAAAGAUGAUGGUGAUUCUGAUGAAGACUUUGUGUGUCCAAACCCAGAGAAGACCGUCAGGAACACUAGAGGUCAUGGUCGUACCUUAAGGCCAAGAACUGCCAGCGAGAAGACAGCACGAGGAAGGGGAAGAGGAAAGGGAAGGCGAGGGAGGAAGUAAUUAUUUGGUUGUACAAGAUUGCAUAAAAAUUAAUACUUGUAUUCACAGAAGUCAUUUUUAUUUUAGGUAGUAUAUUUUGUAAAUUUGUAGUUGAGAAAAUCAAUCAAUAUUUAGAAUUUAUAGAACUUAAAGGCUGGGUGCCUUCCCUAUUUUUAGUGAAAUAUCAUGUGAGACAUCACACAGCAAAGGCUUCUGGCCUAUACUUAUCACAUUGAUACUUACUUUCUUGAACUCUUCCUCAUAUGGACAAAAAAAUGUGCUGCAGGUUUAAUAUUGUACCAAUUUCUUGAGUGAAAAUAGUUAAUGGGUUGUCACAAGAUUACCUAGUUCCUUAAAUACUAAGCCUGUAGGAUAUAACAUCUAUAUUUGACAAGAAAACAAAAUUGUAUAGCAAUGAGGUGAAUAUGAGCUAAGCAAUGACAGGUGUCGAGUGGUGUGAGUUAGCUUGACUUUGUUAAUUAAGUCAAGGAGGGAUGAGACCCAAGACACCACAGUCACAGCAUUCCCUAAUCACCAGUGUGCCUGUCCAUUAUGCAUAUUUGAAUUAAUUGACUUUUUAGUCAAAUGUGAAUGGGAAGAAAUCUGAUUCUCUUAACAAACAGUUAAGCCUUCAAAAUUUUUUUUUCAAUUGGCAGAAUAUGAUUUGACAUCAGGACAGGUUGAGAACAGCACUGUCCCUUAAACAAAGCACUCAGCCUUCUGUCCUAAAAUGUUCACCUGUUCAAUGGGGCACCUGGCCUUCGUGGGUUAACUAAAGAAAUUUAUGCUAGUGGCAUUUAAAUCUGUGAUAAGUGCCAGUUUCCCCUGGAAAAAAAGAGACAUGGCAAAAACACAUUAACAUCACCAAAAUAACAUUGAAUAUUCAAGUCUUUCAUAUGCAAGUAAUACACAUGUCCAUUGUAUGUAGUAGCAUUUCCUAUUGUUCAGUAAACCACGCUAAUUCCUCUUACAGGAAGAUAAUCCAUACAAAAUUUCAUAUUGUGUAUCAUUGUUGGAAUGAAAAUAUAGAAGAGGGUUGCCAGACCCAUCACUGCACUUUUUUUUUUUUUUUUUUUUCACUUGAAAACACUAGUAGUAUUCUUCCAACCUACCUGCAGUAUGCAGCCUGGUAAUUCUCCAAAUGCAGAAAUGUCACUAAAGUGUAAAUUAAACUCUUAGAAAUUCCUGUGAACAUAUAAUAUUUAAUGCACAAAGUGUUUUCAAUUAGUAUAGUGAAACAUAUUUGGUAUAUAUCUAUAUAUGACUGCACUCUAUGGUUUUUAUUUGUUACAGGAAGUACCUAAUUAAACAACUGAACAUG